AUGUCUGGCCUGGACUUCGAGCAGCUGGCUAAGAUUGAGCUGCAGAAAGAUGAGGAGGAGGCAGCCAGGCUGGGAGCCACGAGACAGCCAUUGCCAACACCCAGGACUGCGGAGGACCUGUCGCUCAACCUGGACCACCCAUUCUAUGACGUGGCCAGACAUGGCAUCGUGCAGGUGGCAGGGGACGACCACUUUGGCAGGAGAGUGAUCACGUUCAGCUGCUGCCGCCUGCCCCCCUCCCAUGAGCUCAACCACAAGCGGCUGCUGGAGUAUCUGAAGUACACGCUGAACCAAUGCGUGGAGAAUGACUACACCCUCGUCUACUUCCACUAUGGGCUCAACAGCCGGAACAAGCCCUCCCUCCGCUGGCUGCAGGGUGCCUACAAGGAGUUUGACCGCAAGUACAAGAAGAACCUGAAGGCCCUGUACGUGGUGCACCCGACCAACUUCAUCAAGGUCCUGUGGAACAUCUUCAAACCCCUCAUCAGCCACAAGUUUGGGAAAAAAGUAACUUACUUUAAUUACUUGAAUGAGCUCCGAGAACACCUCAAAUGUGAUCAGCUGGCCAUCCCCCCGGAAGUGGUGCGGUAUGACGAGCUGCUCUGGAACCUGCACCGGGGCACCCUGCCCCCGCCCACCAAGACCCCGCCCCCACGGCCGCCCCUGCCCACCCAGCAGUUCGGCGUCAGCCUGCAAUACCUCAAGGACAAAAACAAAGGCGAGCUCAUCCCCCCCGUUCUGCGACUCACAGUCACGUACCUGAGAGAGAAAGGGCUCCGAACGGAGGGUCUGUUCCGGAGGUCGGCCAGCGUGCAGGUGGUGCGAGAGAUCCAGAAACUCUACAACCAGGGGAAGCCCGUGAAUUUUGACGACUACGGGGACAUCCACAUUCCGGCAGUGAUCCUGAAGACCUUCCUCCGGGAGCUGCCGCAGCCGCUGCUGACCUUUGAGGCCUACGAGCAGAUCCUUGGCAUCACUAGUGUGGAGAGCAGCCUGCGCAUCAGUCACUGCCGGUGGGUCCUGCGUCACCUCCCUGAGCACAACUACGUGGUUCUCAGCUACCUCAUGGACUUCCUGCACGCGGUGUCCCGGGAGAGCAUCUUUAACAAAAUGAGCAGCUCAAACCUCGCCUGUGUGUUCGGGCUGAAUCUCAUCUGGCCCUCCCAGGGGGUGUCCUCCCUGGGUGCCCUCGUGCCCUUGAACCUGUUCACAGAGCUGCUCAUCGAGUACUAUGAGAUGGUCUUCAGUGCCCACGAGGCACCUGUGGAGCACACACCCAGCUCUGCAAAGCCGGACAGCCUGGCAGCUCCAUCCCCCCCAGGGUGCGCUGGAGAUGGGUCCUCGGCCAGACUCUCUAGGCCUGUGGUGCCUCCAUGUCCCCUGCCUGCAGCCGAGAGUCACCUCUAG